AGAGGAAAAGAAUACAACGAAGAGCACAACAUAAACCAGUUUCUCAGAUACCACUAGGUUAUCCCAAAUAUUGACCUCUUGUGAGAAGCAUGGAUAACAUCAUCAUUUAAUAACUAUUUAUCUUCCUAUCGCAGAGUGAGUUUAAAGAUAUUUGCGAAACAGUGUAUAUUAUUCAAGCAGAAUGAAGUCGGGUACGUUUGGGUACCUGAUAUUGUUUUUAGUGGUAGCGGGGCACAUCAGGGAAAACGAAUGCUGGGGAAGCAGAAGGCCUUCACCUUCCAGAAGGCCCUCUCCUUCACCAUAUCGGCCAUUCCCGAGGCCUUCUCCCACACACAGACCAACCUACAGACCAUCUCCCACGCAUGCUCCAACACACAGACCAUUCCCCACGCAUGCUCCAACAUAUAGGCCAUUCCCUACGCAUGCUCCAACACAUAGACCAUUCCCAACCCAUGCUCCAACAUACAAACCAUUCCCAACCCAUGCUCCAACACAUAGACCAUUCCCAACUCAAGGUCCAACAUACAGACCAUAUCCAACUCAAGGUCCAACAUACAGACCAUUCCCUACACAUGCUCCGACCUACAGGCCUUCUCCUACUUUCAGACCAUCUCCAACACAUUAUCCAACAAGUAGGCCAUCAAGAUAUCCAACGCCAUAUCCAACUCAGAGAUAUCCUACAGGGCCUCGUCCAACAUACCCUGGAUACACGAAUGCAGGCGUCUACACUCCAAAACACUAUCAACCUUCAUAUAGCAUCCCUGUACGAGUACCAUCUGCCGGUGGCACUAAAGUCAAAGUGUACAACAUCAACAACUACCACUCUCCAAACUACUGGGCACCUCCCAGCUAUCCCGUUUAUCACUAUACCCACAGGGAUACGGGUAGCACAGCUCUAGGCUUUUAUCUAGGUUACAAUCUAGGAAGAAUCUCACAUCCAACCUACUACCACCAUCAACAUAGCUUCUACGACGGUUACAGCCCAAGAUACGAUCACUACACUGUCCAUCAUUACUACCAUAAUAGAGAGAGUAUUCCAAGACAGCAAACAGUAACAACAAAAGUUAUAAUACAAUGUGGGGAUAGCUCCCAAAUAUGUCCAGCUAACACAACUUCCCUUUGUACUGCAAGUGGUCAAAUUAUGUGUGUCGUGGUUGCUUCCAGCACAGUUCCUUGUACGGACCAACCCAACAUGAGAUGUGUAAGGAGCACAAUACCUUGCGAGAACAACGAAGCUCCUGAAUGUAAAGGUAUCGCGAAAGGACAGACAACAACAGUCAACAUUCCUUGUAUUUCUAACACAACAAUCGAAGGAAAUGUGAGAACAGUCAACAACACAAUUAUUUCGAAUGAUCCACAGAAUACUACUAUGAGGUCCUUAACUCCUGAAACAACCACACCAAGGAUUAUUCCAGAUCUUGGAAGCAAAAGAAGAAAACGAGAAGCACCACUACAAUUUUGUGUUACUGUUAUAGCACAACCGAGCAAGAGAGCUCCAACUGAAGGAGAGAAAGUGUUCAAUGAGAUAACUAGUGUUUUCGAUAGGUUCUUCACGAAAGCUUUUGGAAUGGAUAAACUUCAAAAGCCACCUCCAUCAGUCAAUGAUUCCAAUUACAUACCUAAAUUUGGAGACUGAAGUCUACACGCUGUAGAUAAGAGUUGUUAAUUUUGUGUUUCACUUUUAAUGUGUUUUUAAGUACCUAAUGCUACUGUGUUGAAGAAAGUAUCAUUUUAAUUUUUAUCAUCUAUAAGGAUACUCAUAUAUUUCUUACAUUAUUUGUGGAUAUAUCUUUUUACGAGAAUUUCCAAUUCUCAAGGUCUCAAUUGAAUACCAAUUACAUAGUUUAAACAUCAAAAUAAAUAGUCAACACAUCAA